GUUGAGCAAGCUAUUUUUCUAGACUUAAAUUGCUCAACAUAAAGGUACCAUAAAACAUUUGCUUUCAGAUUCCACAACAAAGCACUUGUGGAGAUCUUCUGAGGACUUGGAGCUCUUUGGGAGCUACACAUUACACAAUGAAAAGCUUUCUCGCCUUCCUUCUUGCAAUGGGCAUCGUGACACUGGGUGAUGCAUACUGCUUUACAAAAAUAAACAAGCCAGGGGAGUCUGACAAAGGCUGUGUCCUGGAUGGAAAAGUGUACCCCUUUGGACAUAUCUCAAGGACAGAUGAUUGCUUCCGAUGCAGCUGCACCCAAAACCAAAUAUCUUGCUGCUCCCUCUUUCAUACUCCUGUUGGUUAUGACAAAGAAAAAUGUAAAAUCGUUUUCAACAAGAGAAGCUGCAACUAUGAUGUUGUGGAGAAGAAUGACCCCACCAAGGAGUGCGUUGUCCACAGUCGUGUGGGUUAACAAUGCACCUGCUCCAAGCCUACAGACGCUUUGCCAUCAAAGAUGCUUAAAGACAUGGGAGAUCUUAUAAAAGAGAGUACUUCAGCAGCUCACUUUUAAUCUCCCAGUUAUUCUAAUUCAGUAAACAAGAUGCAUAAUCAGAUACAAAGUCUUAUUUCUGUCAUCACUUGUGUUGGUAUGACUGAGCUUUGUUGAAUGCAAUAAAUCCAGAUGAAACAUCCA